AUGGCUGCAUUGGACUUCAUCACCGGUGCAGAGCCUGCCGGGGCGCCCGACGGCUACACCGCGCAGCAGACGAUGAGCCAUGCGCAUUCUGUGGCUUAUCCUUUGUUGGAGCUCCCUCCGGCUAGGACGUGGGACCAGGGCAUGCGUGCAGACAGAAAGGAGAUGCUUGCCCCCACUGCGCAGCCUCCGCCACCGCACGCAUUGCCGUCGCUCCUUGGCCAUCGGCGUCGCAUCUCCCAGGGUGCAGAAGUCUUCAACACGCGCUUGCCCGGAGAAAUGCCCUGCAGCCCGAUGGCCGGAUGA